AUGUCCACUGAACCACCUGCCAAUCAGAGCGAGAAUCAACACCGCACAAGCUUUUCGGAAGAGGAAGGACCCAAGCAACUGGAUAGAACUGGCCCCGAGUCUCUGCGCCGGGGGCCCUGGAGCCCCGAGGAAGACCAGAAACUCAUGGCCAUCAUUGCUCUUUAUGGCCCCCUGAACUGGGUGCGGGUCUCGCUUCUGAUCAAGACACGGUCCCCGAAGCAGUGCCGCGAGCGGUACCACCAGAACCUCAAGCCGCUGUUGAACCGCACGCCGAUCUCAUACGAGGAGGGGCUUUUCAUCGAGCAGUUGGUCGCCAAGCACGGCAAGAAGUGGGCGGAGAUCGCGCGCCACUUGAGCGGCCGCUCCGACAACGCCAUCAAGAACUGGUGGAACGGGGGCGCCAGCAGAAGACGCCGG